AUGUCAGCGAUACGAGUCGUUCAUCCUACUCCAGACGUCAAACGUGGCGUGCAAUACUGGGAAGGCGUCGAGGCCAGCGUCGAUGGCGUCCUCGGUGGGUUCGGUCAUGUCUCGCGCGUCGAAUCGCUUGGCUCUCGCUCUUUUCUCUUGAGCGUGCUUCCACACCUCUCCUUUUGCGCUCCUGCCUCAUCCAAUGUAUCUCCAGCGCAAUGGAAGAAGGAUCGAGUCGCAGAGAGGGGUGGAAAGGGCAAGGCACGCACUCGUGCGCUCGACUGCGGGGCGGGUGUAGGACGCGUGACGCAACACAGCCUGCUGCCCAUCUUUGACGAGGUGCACAUGGUCGAGCCCGUCGUCAAGUUCCUUCAGGAAGCGAAGAAGCAGUCAGCGUCGUGGCCCCAGGUCCAAACACCACCCAGCAAGUCGCCUUUCCAGGCACGCAAAGCGGUCCACUUUCACUGCUCGACACUGCAAGACAUGGAGCCAAGCAAUCCUUACUCCUCCGCGCCGCCUGAUGGGAACAUCGCACCCACCGUGUCUAUCGAUGACGAGCCCACCUCGGAUGCAGCUGCGGCGACAGAGCAAGACGGCGUAGCAGGAUCACAACAAGAGCCCGUCACCUUCGAUCUGGUAUGGGCCCAGUGGUGUCUGCAGCAUCUCUCGGACAAGGACUUGAUCGCCUUCCUCAAGCGCUCGAAAGCAGCCCUCAAGCCAGACGGUAUCAUUGGCGUCAAGGAGAACGUAUGCACCGAGGAGGCAGACGGCACCGAACGCGUCUGGUACGACGACGAGGAUCACAGCAUCACGCGCUCUACAAAGGCGUACGAGCGUGUCUUUAAGGAAGCCGGUCUCGAGAUUGUCAAGUGCGAGAUCCAGUUUGGUAUGCCCGCUGAGCUGUUUGUCGUCAAGAUGUGGGCGUUGCGUUAG